GGCAUACCCUGCGUAAGCUGUACCCCAAUAGGCGCCAUAUGCACCAAUCAUCAGCACUUCCUCGAUACCAACCCUUCUAUCCAACCAUAAUCGAGCAAAGAUUCGUAAGAGAAAGCAUAUUGUGAGUACCACGGUACAGAAAGUCGUUACCACCCAAGCCAGCGUAUUGCUAUUCGGUGGGUUGUCAAAAUUUGCGGUAACACCGGACGGAGCUGCCAGAGCUGGCUCAUCGAGGAGAGUCGCCAGUGCUUCUGGUGACAUCUCGCGCAAGACAGGUUUUCAACAAUGGCACAACUUCAGGCAUGUUCGAAAUCCGAGAGAAAACUUAAUGGUUGUGGGGUGUCGAGGCUUCAAAUGUCACUGCGCAUAUAUUCACGCGUGAACUGUUUGAUCGUCAGUGUGAUAGGCCCAAUUUUUGCGAUUAUGGACCGCUCAGGGGGUGCCGCAACUUGGUGCCUGCUACUAAUGCAAGGCGCACACACACCAUUCGCAUGGGCCGUGGACUGAUUUUGACGAUGCCCUUUUUCGGGAUGGUCGCGCUUAGCGCAC